AUGUAUCAUCUGAUCGCACCGCGGCGCGUUCCUCGCUCGGUUGGGCAAUGGCUGCAGCGGCCACCACGUCCCGCCGCCGUCCUCGUCGUCGCCGUCUGCCUCCUGCAGGCGGCGGUGUCCGCGGCGGCGAAGGGGACGCGGUACACGGUGGGCGGGGCGGACAGGUGGCGCGUGCCGCCGCCGGAGGACAAGGAGAGGUUCUACGCCGACUGGGCCGCCAACAUCACCUUCUACGUCGACGACUCCGUCGGUACCCCAUGCUGCUUGCCGCAUCCAGCACAUGCACCCUCAUCACGCUUGGAUCGAUCGUCCUCUGCAGAGUUCGUGUACAAGAACGACUCGGUGAUCAAGGUGGGCAAGGCGGGGUACUACCACUGCAACGAGACUGCCCCCGACGCGGCGCCGCGGGACGGCACCGCGCUCUUCGUCCUCGACGCCCCCGGCCCGGCCUACUUUGCCAGCGCCGACCUCGACCACUGCAACAUGGGGCAGCGGCUCAUGGUCGACGUCCUCGCCGACCGCGCGGCGGCGCCCGGGCCGUGGGCGCCGGGCCCGUCGUCCGCGCAGCACUCCUCCGCCGCGCCGACCCCCGCUGCUCGCGCCGUCGUCCUGGUGCCGUCGCCUUGGCGCUGGCGGUCGGUUUCGUUUGAGCAACUGCAGUCGUGUUAGUUGUCAGGUUAAGCGUUCUGAUCCAGUCUGUAGCAGUCGCUUAAAUCUAGGAGCGCCAUGUGUUUGUGUUGUCAGAUACUCUACUUACGUUGCCGAUGUGUUUGUGUAUGUGUUCGUAAGGUUGCUGAUGUGGACUCGAUCCAUUGAUCGAUCGAUCGAUCAGUAUCGUCGCGUUUCAUGUUGAAUGUUAGUGUCUGUAAUCUUUUGCCUG